AACCACAUGCAAAAGUAAAUAAAUGUUUAAAUAGAAAAGUGUUGUAUAUUAGAAGUAUCCAUGGCAGAGUCCGACUCCAUCCCAUUAUCCAUGUUAUGGAGGUUUUACGUGUAUGCCAUUCAUGGUUAUGUUACAGAAAUCAUGUUCACAGCUACAUGGGAAUUCGUUAUAAAUCAGAACUGGAAAUUUCCUGGUAGCACUAGUGUAUGGGCUUUACCUAUAUAUGGAUUUUCUACUCUUAUGAUAGAACAGAUGUACUUAAGACUUGUUGAGAGGAAGAUUCCGUUAUUAGGCAGAGCUGUUAUUUAUACAAUCUGGACAUACUGCUGGGAAUUCAGUACAGGCUUUAUUCUGAAGAAGUUUGAUGCUUGUCCAUGGGACUACACUCCUUUUGAAGGAGAUUUUAUGGGACUAGUGACACUCGAGUAUGCCCCAUUAUGGUUUUUUGGUAGUGUAUUUUGUGAGAUUCUGAUAAUUAAGUAUACAAGAAUGGUGUAUUGGGGUGCUCCUGUAAAAGCUGACAAAACUAAACAAAGUUGAUAAAAUUACACUUUAGGUUUAUCAAUAUUUUAGUAUUUUUAGUUAUAAAAUUGCCUAGGUACAAUGUAUUUGUAUGCUUUACAUGCAUGUUAAUUUGACAAUCGUUAAGACAUGGUUUUUUUUAUAAGCAAAGCUCAAUUCAUAUAAACAAAGCUCAACUCGUGGAAGUAUUUUUUUAAUGGUGGAAGAUUAUAUUUAUAUAAAUUUUUUACAAUUAUUUUUAUACUGUAACUCACUUCCCACAAUACAAGUGUAGGAAACUAGGUUUCAUUGAUUAAGAAGUGUGACCAAGUCAUCAAUUUAGGUAAUAAAAUUGACAUGAUUGAGUUAAUGAAUUCAAUGUAAAGACCCACUUUACAAGAACUUUAAGCAUGUUUAGUGGAAUGCUUUGGGGUUCAAGUUUGAAUAAAUCUCAAUAGAAACUUACGCAUCCUGUAUUCAAAAUAUCUACACCUAUAUCAUGUGUUUUGAAUUACUUAUAGGCAAUUUUAUAAGACUUCAGGAAGCUCAAUGCUUAUCUAUCCACUUGCAAAUACCUAAAUGUAUAUCGCA